CAGGAGGAAAGUUUUGUUACUCCCUUGAAAUGCUUGGAAGCUGCUCUUUGUGUGUGUGUCUGUGCAGCAGUCCCUCAGUCCCAUCUCUGGAGGAAGAUGGGGAGCUGUAGGAGGAAGAGGAUGGCUUCACCUGUGUGGAUGGGGUAAACGAGCACUGCCUGCUUUUGGGAAAGCUCUCUGGGACGUGGGCAUCUUCAUGUGCAGGAGAGCACCCCUCCUUUCCCUUCCCUUGCACAGUGCUGAGUUUUAUAUUGCCUUGUGAAGUGGAUCUCAACUCCAAGUCAGCUAAACCCACAUGGGGCUUCAUUGCUGGACAGAACCCAGGUCUUGUGAGCCACCAGCUCUGUGGGCUUUGCCAGGAAGCAAACGCCAGAAGGAAAAGUCACUUCAGUACAUUUCAUUACAAGCAAAUGAGCGUAAGGAGACAGGUUUGGUUUGGGGAGGAACCCAGUGACAAUCUGCACUGUAGCCAUUCCCCAUGGACUGAAGAAACUUGCUGAACUGAACCUGUAUGGGAGGAAGCAUCUAGGAGUGAUAAAUCUGCUUUCCCUCUGCAAGAAUUCCCGUGUGCUCCUCCUUUGCAAGAACGAGAGACACCGGCAGGUUGGGAACAGGAGGCGGCCGGGAGCGUCCUGCCUCGAGGAGCAGGAACUCUGUUGUGCUCCAGAGGGCUGGGAGCUUUUUGAGGCACCUCUGGAAGCACCUUGAGGGGAGGAGAGGAGCUGCUGCGAUGGAGGUUCAUGCCGUGGCACUGUCAUUCAUCCUUGCACUGCCAGUAUCUUCUCUUGCUUCUGGGAACAAACUUCAGCCCCAUAUGCCAAAUGUGUGUGCAGAGCAGGAGCUGGCGGUGGUGGGGCAGCAGCAGCCGUGCGUGCAGGCCAUCACCCGCCCCGUCCGGGUGUGGAGGCAGGACUGCGGCGGCCGGCGGCGGUGCGCUGCCUACGAGCACAGAACUGCCUAUUACACAGGCUACAGGCAGGUGUACAGGCUCAAAUACCAGACUGUGUACCGGUGCUGCCCGGGAUGGUCCCAGCUCGGAGGGGACGUCGGCUGCCUGCACCCUGCCUGCAGUGCUGGGCUGUGUUUCAACGGUGGCAAUUGCGUCGAGGGAUCAUCGCGGCUCUGUCACUGCUCCGCCGGCUUCCAAGGACCCCGCUGCCAGUACGAUGUGAACGAGUGCGAGGUGGGGAACGGCGGCUGCCAGUCCCAGUGCUGCAACACCAUCGGGAGCUUCUACUGCAAGUGCGCGGCGGGGCAGCGGCUGGGGCCCGACGGCAGGGCGUGUGCAGAUGUUGACGAGUGCCAGGUCCACAAUGGGGGCUGCCAGCACAGAUGUGUGAACACCCUUGGAUCUUACUACUGUGACUGCAGUGCGGGCUUUCGCCUGCACACAGACGGCAGGACCUGCAUCCCCAUGAACACGUGUGCCCUGAACAACGGCGGCUGCGAACACGAGUGCGUGCAGGUGACGCCGGCGCAGCACCGCUGCCGCUGCCGCCACAACCACCAGCUGCGGGAGGACGGCAGACGCUGCGCCCUGAGGAACCCCUGCGCCGACAGGAACGGCGGCUGCAUGCAGCGCUGCCACAGCCACCGCGGAGCCGCGCGCUGCGACUGCCACCCUGGCUACCGCCUGGCGCCCGACCGCAGGGCCUGCGAGGAUGUGAACGAGUGUCUGACAGGCCUGGCCAUGUGUGCACACCAGUGUCUCAAUACCCAGGGCUCCUUCAAGUGUACCUGUAACCCAGGCUAUGAGCUGGGGGCAGAUGGCAAGCAAUGCUACCGGAUAGAAAUGGAGAUUGUGAACAGCUGUGAAGCCAACAAUGGUGGCUGUUCCCAUACAUGCCACCACAGCAGCUCUGGCCCAGUCUGUACUUGUAACUUUGGCUAUCGGCUUGAAGAGGACCAGAAGACAUGCACUGAUAUCAAUGAGUGUGACAACGGUUCUCACUGUUGUCAGCAAGACUGUUACAAUUACCCUGGAGGCUACGAGUGUGCCUGCUCUGCAGGAUACAGGCUCAGCACAGAUGGCUGUGGCUGUGAUGAUGUGGAUGAGUGCUCCUCAGGCAAUGGUGGGUGUGAGCACACGUGCCAGAACCAGCUCGGCUCCUUCCAGUGUGGCUGUGAGAUCGGGUACAGACUGGCUGAGGACCGAAGAAGCUGCAUCUCUCUAGAGGAGGCCGUGGAGGCUCUGGAUGGCCGGCGCCCCGUCAUCCGCCCGGUGCCUCACGUUGCAGUGCUGCGGGAUGAGUUCACGCAGCUCUUCAGUGAUGACUACGAAGAGGAGGAGGAAGAGAUGGAGGCGAGAGGAGAACAUACACUUUCAGAAACAUUUGUCUGCCUGGAGCACACGUUCGGGCCCGACUGCAGCCUGACGUGCGAGGACUGCCGGAACGGAGCCGCCUGCAAUGCGGAGGGGACGGGCUGCGACUGCGCGGCGGGAUGGACCGGCCUCCUCUGCAACCAGACCUGCCCAGCGGGUACCUUCGGGAGGAACUGCAGCCAGACCUGCGGCUGCCAGAACGGCGGCACCUGCGAGCCCAGCACCGGCACCUGCCGCUGCCCGCCCGGCGUGGCUGGGGAGCUCUGCCAGGAGGGGUGCCCUAAAGGAUUCUUUGGGAAACACUGCAGGAAAAAGUGCAACUGUGCCAACCGGGGCCGGUGCCAUCGGAUUUACGGAGCCUGCCUGUGCGAUCCCGGCCUGUACGGGCGCUACUGCCACUUGGUUUGCCCCAGGUGGGCAUUCGGGCUGGGCUGCUCCGAGGAGUGUGACUGCGAGCAGCGCAACACGCGCGACUGCGACAAGAGGGACGGCUCGUGCCGCUGCAAACCCGGCUACCGCGGCAAGCGCUGCCACAACACCUGUGAGCCUGGCUAUUACGGGGAUGGCUGCCAGAAGAAAUGUAGCUGCCCUCCUGAAGCAUCGUGUGACCAUGUCACCGGAGAGUGCCAGAAGGAGUGUCCCCCAGGCUACCACGGGGACAACUGUGACCAAGAGUGCCCAGAGGGGACGUUUGGAGCAGGCUGCCAGGAGUCGUGCUCCUGCCAAGGAGCCCCCUGCGACCGCAGCUCGGGGCAGUGCCGCUGCCAGCCCGGCUGGACGGGACACGACUGCGCCCAAGCUUGUCCCGAGGGCCGCUGGGGCCUGGGCUGCCAGGAGAUCUGUCCCGACUGUGCCAACAACGGCAGCUGCGACGCGGCCACCGGAGCCUGCCUGUGCCCGCCCGGCUACACCGGGCACCGCUGCCAGGACGUGUGUCCUCCGGGCUGGUUUGGCCCAGGCUGCCAGCUGAGCUGCAGCUGUGGCAACGAGGGACAUUGUCAUCCUGUGACGGGGACAUGCAGCUGCGCACCCGGCUGGACAGGGCACAACUGCCAGAGAGCCUGUGAUGCUGGGCGCUGGGGCCCCGACUGCGCCCACACCUGCAACUGCAGCAACGGCGAUGGGAGCUGCAGCGCGGAGACGGGCCAGUGCAUGUGCCAGGCCGGCUACACUGGCAGCCGCUGCCACAACAAGUGCCCAGAGGGAUGGUUUGGGCUGAACUGUCGGCACCAGUGUCAGUGUGAGAACGGGGCUGCCUGUGACCACGUCAGCGGGGCCUGUACGUGCAGCCCGGGCUGGCGAGGAACCUUCUGCCAGCAGGCCUGUCCUGAUGGGUUUUAUGGGCUGGAGUGCCGGGAAGCCUGCAACUGCCUGAAUGGUGCCCGCUGUGACCACACAACGGGCCAGUGCCACUGUGCCCCAGGCUGGACCGGCCCCCACUGCGGCCAGGCGUGCCAGGAGAACAGGUACGGUGAGAACUGCAGCCAGACAUGCAACUGUUCCAAUGACAGCACCUGCCACCACGUCAGCGGCCGCUGCCUCUGCGCAGCCGGCUGGACGGGACCCACGUGCCAGCAAGCGUGCCCGAUGGGUUUCUACGGGGAGAGCUGCUGGCAGCGCUGCCUGUGCCAGAACGGCGGCACGUGUGACCCCAUCACCGGGCUGUGUGCUUGUCCCGAGGGCUGGACCGGGCUGGCCUGCGAGCUGGAGUGCGCAGAGGGCCGGCACGGGCCGGGCUGCCGGGAGCACUGCGGGUGCCAGCACGGGGGGCUCUGCGAGCGGCGCGGGGGUCGCUGCCUCUGCCAGCCCGGCUGGACGGGACACAAGUGCGAGAGCCCUUGUCCAGAGGGGCUGUUCGGGGCACUCUGCCAAGAGCACUGCGACUGUGGGGACAACGUCUCGUGCCACCACGUCACCGGCGCCUGCGACUGUCCCCGGGGCUGGAGGGGCCGGCGCUGCGAGAAAGCCUGCCUGCCGGGAUCCUUCGGGAAGAGCUGCGCCGGGCGCUGCGCCUGCCCCCAGGGAACCCCGUGCGACCACGUCAGCGGCCAGUGCGGGUGCCCACCCGGCCGAGCCGGGCCGGCCUGCGACAAGCCCUGCCUGCCAGGGACCUUUGGCGAGGGCUGUGCUCACAGCUGCCAGUGUGCCGGAGCCACCCAGGAGUGCCACCCCGUCAGCGGGGCCUGCGUGUGCGCCCCCGGCUUCCACGGGCCCAGCUGCCAGCUGGAGUGUCCCCCUGGCUGGUACGGCCGGGGCUGCAGCAGCCGGUGCAAGUGCCAGAACGGGGGCCUGUGCGACGCUGCCACCGGGACGUGCCGCUGCCCCGACGGCUUCAUCGGCGCCGACUGCGGCAUCGCUUGUCCCUCCGGUCGCUACGGCAGGGACUGUGCCGGGCUCUGCUCCUGCGGGGAAGGUGCCACCUGCCACCACGUCACCGGGCACUGCGAGUGCCCCCCGGGCAGAACGGGGCGCGCCUGCGAGCAAGGCUGCGGCGCGCAGCGGUUCGGGCCGGGCUGCCGGCAGAGCUGCUCCUGCCAGAACGGGGGCCGCUGCCACGCUGCCGACGGCUCCUGCUCCUGCCCGCCCGGCUGGACGGGCAAAUCCUGCCAAUUAGAGUGCCCGCCGGGACGGUACGGAGCCGACUGCCAGCUCCCCUGCCCCUGCCUGCACAACGCCACCUGCGACCCGGCUACGGGAGCCUGCCGCUGCUCUGCCGGCCACUACGGGCCCCUCUGCCAACACCGCUGUGCCCCAGGAUUCCACGGAGCCGGCUGCCGGGAGCUCUGUGACUGUGAGCACGGGGCAGGAUGUGACCCGGCCACCGGCCGCUGCCGCUGCCCCGCGGGGCUGAGCGGGGAGCGCUGCCAGACAGGCUGCAGGGAAGGAACUUUCGGCGAGGGAUGUCGGCAGCUCUGCGACUGCGGCAGCGCACCCUGUGACCCGGCCACGGGGCGCUGCCGCUGCCCCCCGGGCAAAACCGGCCUCAGGUGCAGCUCAGACUGCCAGCCCGGCAGGUACGGCCCCGACUGCAGCCUGACGUGCCAGUGCGGCCCCAGCAGCUCCUGCAGCGCUCGCAACGGACAGUGCCUCUGCCUGGACGGGCACACGGGACCCACGUGUCGGGAAGGUGGGACACUUCAUCUGCCACUGGCUGAGCACUCCUCUGUGCUCCCGGGUCAGUAGCAGCCCCAAUGCUGCCCCGUGGCUGCAGGCACCGACCUGAAACCGCUGCUCCAACCUGAGCCCGGCUGCAGAGAGGGGCCAGUGCUCCAGCUCCGAGGCAGAGCAGCAGUGCUGGAGGUUCAGCCCUGGAGCAUCUUCCCCCUGGAGCCAUGAGGACUGACCUGGCCCAGUUUCCCAUCCAGCCGUGGAGCCCCCGGCACCCACCGCGUCGCCUCUGCUGCCGUGGGGGCUCUGGCUGCCCCAGCGGUGGGUCCUGUAGCUCCAGGAGCAAUCCAGUCCCUCAGUGUGACCAUGCAGCCACCUGAAGAAGCCAACAACCUACUGAAGGAACUUGUUUACAAGCCAUGUGAGCAGCUGGUUAUCGUGUCCCACGUCUGGGGUUGUCUGAGCCAGGCUGAAGCGGAGCCUGUUCCCCACACCGGCACGGGCUGGGCACUGACGCCAGUGACAGGCACCAGAAGGACCAGCUCAGGAGCAAUUGCCAGCAGGCAGCAGACUUGCAUCGCUCAUGGCAAACUGCUGGCCUUCACCUUUUGGGUGCUGGGCUGGGGAGGGGGCUGAUCGUGCUCCAAAGUAGGUAUUUACGCCAAGACAUUGAUGGGAAGCUGGACAACUGUUGCCAGACGUGAGAUCGUGCCUCCUGGGAAAAGAACCACCUCACUUGAAUAGUCUUUUGUAAAUGGAAUUUGCAGGGGUCUGUUACUGUAAAUUCUGUGCUGUGGGGCAAAGCUGGGCUGUGGCAGAGCCCGUUCUCACCUGCGUUAUCCGUUCCUGUCAAACCCAGGAGCAGGGAAGGGGAUGAGGAAGGGGCAAGAGCUGCAGUGCUGCAGCCACCUCCCAGCACAGCCAGGGCCCUGCCAGGCCCCUCACCUCUUUGCACAAAGCUCUUGGGUACAUGGAGCCUGAGAGCUGACCACAUCUGAAGCCCCAGGCUGUGCUGCAGCCGGGCUGGGCUGUGUGUGCUGGCCUCUCUGCCUCUGCUGCAGCUGCAGCUCAGCCCUGCCUGGCCCCUCUGCCUCUGCUGCAGCUCAGCUCUGUCCCUCUGCCUCUGCUGCAGCUCAGCCCUGCCCCACUGCUCGCCCUUUAAAUUAUUCCCACAGGGGCCAACUGAACAUAAUAAAGGAAUUGUCUCUGGUGCUGACAGGUUGAUUUCCAUCUGUAUAUAACUUGUACGGUUUUGCUAAUCCCUUUCUUAUUUUAUUGCUUCCCUAACAGUAUUGGUUGCAGUAGGGAUCAUUCUUGUGAAGAAAUGAUGUUCAUAUAAGUCUGUAGUGAAGGACCAAACUCGUAUGCUUACGGUUGUGUGUCGUCCGCUGGGUGAGCCGCGAGCAGGGAGCUGUUGUCCACGUGCCAAAUGCCCCUGAGCCGUGCUGCCAGCGCUGCUGCCCCUGCUCCACACCAUCCCCUGUCCCGUUCCCUGUGCCUGCAGCCGCUGCCCAGGCUCCUGGGGACCUGUGCCAGGGCUGGCAGCGUGUGGCAGCGAUGCCCCUGGGCUGGGAGCUGCUGGCAGAGCCUGAGGGAUCGGUGCUGACCCGCUGCAGCCCCAGCAGGAAACCCCACGGCUGAGUGUGAGACCUCAGCAACCCUCUACUUGUAUUUUUUAUACCACGAUUCCUGUUCAUGUUUGUUCCUACAGUCUGUUUGCUUUCCCUUCUCUCUGCUCAGACGCCCCCUCCUGUCACGGAGCACUGACAACAAGCUUUAACGUUAAGAGAAAUAAAGAGCAAGUCUGACUGAA